CGGGGUAUCCUUUUGUAGUACGUAUCGAAAUCGAUGUUGACUUAGCGUCAUAUUGAAGAAACGUUUUGGACAUUCCUAGCAAAAGCAGUUUCCACAAUGGUAGUUGUCGAACAAAUAAUGGAGCCCAGUGCACAGGAAGGGCAUGCAUCAGAACAACGCAGUAUCUCUACCCCGAUAAGAAACGCGGGGCCACAAGGCGGCCAACCUCCACGUGGAGGCGGUCGUGCUGCUAGGGGUGGUGGUAGGAAAACCCCGAUACCUCCUCCACCACGUGCAACCCCUUCCAGCUCUUCUGGUUACCCAGGUGUUAGCUGGAAUAAGCGCAUGGGAGCAUGGUUGGCCUUUUACUACGAUGCCGACACUAGGAGGAGUCGUACGUUCCACCCAAAGUACUACGACUUUGACGUUGAUAAGGCCAAGCAGGCUGCCAUCGAGUUUAUGCAGAACAUUGAUAAGCAUCCUGGAUGCAGCUUACGCAAGAGCCGCCGUGAUACGAAGUCCAAUGCCUUUUUGAAUGGUAAGUAUGACAUGGAUAAUCACUUUGGUGAUUUACAUGGACGUACACGUAAGCGUGGUGCUGCGAAUCAUAUGCUCGCUGUCGACUUCAAGGGCAGAGGCGUGAAAGGGACGCUUACCUGCCCACCUACCCCAAAUCCAUUACCAGCGAUAUAUGACAUGGAUAAGCUGCGUCACAACUUCCACGUUACGGCAGAUCUCCUUGAUCAAUGCUACAUGUCGAACUCCGGUACCAUGGAGACGGAAUACACAGGCAACACGGGUGUCAUGGAUAACAACUACCUCAGUGGAUCCUUUGAGUCCCAGCAAGAUUAUGACAAGGGCUACCAGAGUCCAAUGACAUGGCAGUCAUGCCAGAGUUUCUUUGGUAACCAAGAGUACUACGUUGAUUCCCAGGGUUACGGCAACAUGUCAUAUCUGGACGGUGAUAUGCCUUACAUGUCUUCUGAGGGCACCAUGUACAGGGAGACUGAGCCAGUGUACCAGAACGGCGCUACAGACUCACGCCAUCGUAUGCAGUCUGGCGAAGGGCUGUUACCUGGUUCAGGGGAGCCACAGGGUCAGCAUAUGUUUACCUCGAGUUUCGACGCUUCUCCUACCAAGGAGGAGCCGGAUAUACGUAUGCUGAUGCACUCGAUAGCGCUAACUAACGGCGACAGUGUAGAAGGUUACGGCAUGGACAACUAUCAAUUUGGGGAUAGUGCUGCUAAUUACAGUGCCAACCCUGCGCAAAACUUUAGCGCAAACAGUAAUACGGAUUCUACCACCCAGGUAAAUACGCCUCUUGGUAGCCCAUACUUCUCUCCGUACGUACAUACUCUUUAUAACCACUUUCCGGAAGAUUCGGAACUUAACCGUACAUUCGGUUUCCAGAACCUCAUUCUUGGGGGUGAAGGACAAACAAACCAGCAAACGCAGUCUGUGAUGCCACCUCAAAGCUAAAUAACACACGCAUUACAUGUAAGCACAUGGUA